GGAUCGAUCCAGCUGGUGUCUGUGUGGCGGCCCCCCAAACAGCGCGAGGCCCGGGCGGGCGUCUUCGCAGCGUCUCUACCACCGCCCUUCACGCCAAAACAUCGUCGAGGCAACGGGUCGGGACGUCUGCGAAGCGGAUCCCUGGUGCGCAAAUCUUCGCGGGAGGCGACUCCUUUCGACGCAGAGCCGGGGCUUCCCUCCGCGGCCACGGCACUGGCGUGGAACGUACUGCUGUCCCCUCCGGGGCCUCGGACCAACUAGAGCGACGGCGAGGCGUAGCGAGGCUCUGCAUGGAGUGCUCCGUGUGCCUGGAGCUGCCCGAGAAGCGCAUCCCCGCGCGCCACCUCAGCGCCACUUGCCGGCCGCGCCACAUCUACGCCACCUUCGUGGGCGACUGCUCGUGCGCCAUGGUGUGGUGCGUCUGGUGCGCGCGCAAGGCCGCCGACUACCGCCUCAACCAGGCCAUCCACACGCAGGCCCCCAGCGGCGAUCAGGAGGAGGCCGAGGCCGAGAUGGUGCCGUGCCCGAUGUGCCGCGCGCCCGUGCACCCGACGCGCUUCCUCACGCACCCGACGCCGCUGACGCCGGCCGAGCGGCGCCGCCUGGUGCGCGACUACAAGCCCCCGCCCUGCUGGUUCAUCUGGGGCGACAACGUGUGCAGAUUCGGCCGCCUGUGCCGCAACAGCCACGCCGGCAUGGACGGGCGUCCCUUGCAGUGCGGCCGGCCGCUGUCCCGCCGCGACUGGCUCGCCCGCCUCCCGGAGCCCUUCUACAUGCCGCCCAGCUUCCUGGACCGCGACGGCCGGGCGUGGUUCUACACCGGCCGCCACGGCUACGUGCGCAUCGUUGACCCGACCAGCCCGCAGGUGUGGGAGAAGCUCAACACGGCGCAGCGCUUCUCGCCGAUGUCCGACAAGCACCCGACGGAGGCCGGGGGCGGCGCGGCGGGCGCGCUGGCGCAGCUGGGCGGCGCGGGCAUCGCCCUCAACAGCGCCGUCGGCGCCGACCUGGACGCGGACGGCGGACGGCGCUGGAUGUCCUCCUCGUCCUCGUCCUCGUGAGGGGGGCCCACCAGGACGCCGUCAACGCCACGCGUACCUCUGGGCUGCGGCCAGGACGCAAUCAGCGCGCCAUAAGGCUGCCGAGAGAUUGCUUGACUGAGAUGCCCACUCUUCCCUCUGCGCAUUUUGUCGACGGUGGUGGUGGACAAAACGAGAGUGUACUUACGCGUUUUCGCACAAAUUCAACUCUUUGCGCACUUUUCGUUUUGUUUUUUUUUUGCAUGUACAAUUUUUUCCAUAGUGCCUAGAGUAAUGAAGUAAUGAAAAUGGUACUAAACACUGUGUGUAGGAAUCAUAUAAUUUAUGUAAAAUGUAUGAAGUAUUAUUUUUUUGACUAGACUGAGUAAGGACGUGGUGGAUUCCAAAUUUUUGGAAUAUUUUCGAAUAAGACUUGACGUAGGUCAGUUA